AUGGCCGGGCUGGGUGGGACGCGGGCGGCUGCGGGAGCCCGGAAGCCCCGGGCAGGGUCCGGCUGCCAGGGCCUCUCCCCUCGUCUCCCAGGGGUGAAGUUCCGUGGGAAUGCCGUGACUGAGGCGCGGAGCUGCAUCGCGGCAGGAGUUACCUGCCCAGGUGAGGGCCAUCCCCAGCUCUGCCCGGGGCGGGCCCGCGGGGCCGGAACGCCGCCGAGUUGGGCUCCUGGGAGCCUGCCGGGCCCUGCGGCCACCGUGGGCCGCGUGCCCACCUCCCUGCGCUGUGCCCGCGUCACCCCCGGCUCCAGCGGGGCGCUCCUGGAGCGGCCCCGAGCUGCCCGAGCGUCCCGGGGGCUCCUGCAGAGCCCGGGAUCCGCCCUGCCCGGCCGCCCCCGGCUCUCCCCUCCGCAGGCUCCAGCGUGGGGGGGCCUGGCGUGGCUCCCACCGCUCCUGCAGCGCUGCCAGAGCGUCCCGGGGCCGUUUGAGGCCGCGCCCGGCGCCUCCCGGGGGCGGUUAUGGAAACCCCGGACACGGAAACCCCGAGCCCGGCGGGGUUUGGGGAGGGCGGCGGGGCCAGGGGCAGCAGGGCCGGAGACGUUCCUGCCCUUUCCCGUUCCAGGCUCCCCCCGUGGUGAUCCAGGGGCCUUUGGGAAGCCUCCAGGAGGAGAGAGCGGGCGCAAGGCUCUCGUCGGUGUAAUUAACUCCGUUCUGGUUAAUGAGCGCUGGCAGCACCAGGGCUGUGUCCGGAGGCGCGGAAGGAGCGGCCGGAGCAGCGUGGCAGAUCCCUGCGGGAGAACCAGGAGGCUUCAGCGACGCCGGAGUCGGGGAAUUAAACGUGAACCCCUGCUUUUAACGUGUUUUGAUUCCAAAGCGUUUUUAUUUCCGGCUAAAGAGGGAUCAGAAUGGGGAUCGGGGCUGGAAGCCAGGGCUCCAGAACCCACCAAAGAGCUCCGCUAA